UAUUCAUCAAAUUAAACCAAAUUCAUGAAGACGGCAAUGUCAUUAGGUGGUUCAUUCAAGCUGCAGCCUCCAACCUAUGGUAAACUCAUAACAAUUCUAAGCAUCGAUGGAGGUGGCAUUAGAGGAAUUAUUCCUGCAACUAUUCUUGAAUAUCUUGAAUCUCAACUCCAGGAAUUAGACGGUGAAGAUGCAAGACUUGCAGAUUACUUCGACAUAAUUGCAGGAACAAGUACUGGUGGCCUUGUUACGGCUAUGCUAACAACUCCAAACAAAGACAAACGUCCUAUGUUUGCUGCUAAAGACAUAAAGCCCUUUUAUCUUGAGCAUGGUCCUAAGAUAUUCCCACAAAAAAGGAUGAUACUGUUUGGAUCAAUUAUGAAGACAUUGAAGUCUCUAAUUGGACCAAAGUAUAAUGGGAAGUAUCUUCACCAAGUCAUACAAGAGAAAUUAGGGGAGACUCAUUUGCAUGAAACUUUGACUAAUGUGGUUAUUCCAACUUUUGAUAUCAAGAAUCUACAACCAACAAUAUUCUCCACUUUUGAGGCAAGAGAAAAACCAUUAAUGGAUGCUAGGCUUUCAGAUAUAUGCAUUAGCACAUCUGCUGCUCCAACUUAUCUUCCUGCACAUUAUUUCAAAACUCAAGACAAAGAUGACAACUUUCACGAGUUCAAUCUUGUUGAUGGUGGAGUCGCAGCUAACAAUCCAGCCCUUGUUGCUACAAGCCAAGUGACCAAACAAAUAAUGAGUGGAAAUCCAGAUUUUUUCCCUAUCAAGCCCAUUGAUUAUGGGAGGUUUUUAGUGAUUUCUAUAGGCACUGGAUCAGCCAAAGUGGAACAAAAAUAUAAUGCUAAAAUUGCAUCAAAAUGGGGUAUCUUGGGAUGGCUACUUGAUGGAGGUUCAACUCCAAUUGUUGAUGUUUUUACUCAAGCCAGUGGUGAUAUGGUUGAUUUUCAUAUUUCUGUUGUUUUCCAAGCUCUUCAUUCUGAAGAUAAUUAUCUUCGUAUUCAGGAUGACACGCUAAGUGGAACAGACUCCUCUGUUGACAUAUCAACCAAAGAGAACAUGGACAAAUUGGUUGAAAUAGGAACAAAUUUAUUAAAGAAACCAGUUUCAAGGAUAAAUCUGCAAACAGGUCUAUUUGAACAAAGCAAAAAAGAUGACACAAAUGAAGAAACUCUGAAAAGGUUUGCAAAGUUACUUUCAGAAGAAAAAAGACUCAGGGAUUCUCUGUCACCUCAUACAAACAAAACCUCAGAGUAGCACAUCAUAUAAUUUAUUUAGAGCACAAAAAAAAUUAUUUAAUACCUGUGUAUAAUUAACUCAGUAUUUAAUUUGUAAUAAAUAACGUGUGAAAUUCAAUGAGUGUGUGAGGUACAGUGUGAUUCAAUUUGUGUUUUAUGAAAAUAAAUAAAGUAUACUAAUAGAUAAACAGUAAAAUUCUUGUUAAUAUUCGU